ACACACGCCCACAGUGUCAUCUCCCGCCCAAAACAAGGCUGGGCCUUGGCAAGGCAGUCUUGGCAGAGGCUCAUUCCGCCCCGGCCCACAUUGCUGGGGAGAGCGCAGGGCUGGCGGAGAGAGUGCUUGAGCCGCAGCUGAGAGUCCUGUUAAAUGCUUGAGGGCCUCGGGAGAGGAACGCUGCAGAGGGGGCUGACACAUCUGUACCUGCUGCUGCAAACUUUGGAGGCAGAGGCCAAAGGAACUCACUGAGCACCAUGCUGUCUCUCAGCAGUAUGAAAGAUGGCGCCAUUGUACCCAGCGAGGAAGACCGGAAGAAGCUCCUCACCCAGAUGAAAGUGAAGACGACACUCAGAAGUGACAAGAGCUGGAUUCAGAAGAAAUCGGAUUCGGAGGAGGAAAAGAACCACAGUCCAUUGCAUUCACCAUUACGGAGCAGGAAGACCAGCGAGAGAGCAUCUAUCUCACCAAAAGUUUCACCUCUAAAUCACAGGGCAGUCUUUGAGGAACUGUCUUCUCAGUCUGAACAACCGUUCCCUGUGGCAAAACAACCUCCCAAAAAGUCCCACCACACAACAUCACCUUCUGGUUAUCUUAUCAGAGGAGUUUUUACCAAGACGGUUGAUAAGAAUGCUCCUUCAAACAACGUCUCCAAUGGCUUACAGAAGAGUGCCAAGAAUGCCAGCUCUACUCUUGGAUACAAGAUGUCAACUGAAGAUUAUAAGAAACUAGCUCCCUACACUGUCAAGAGAGACACAGCUCCAGAUCACAUAGAUCCUCCCGUUUCUCCAGAUGAGCAACAAAAGAGAUAUUUGCCACGGCCAGAGGAGAGACCUGUAUUCACCUCCAGCUUCUCAACCCCUCCCCCUCAGCCCAGGUAUCCCUCAUCUUCUGGCUAUGACUCGGAUCCCACCACAUCAAGCAAAGCUCUCCUCUUUGUGAAGGAGUCCAUCAACAGCACAGAGAUGUCCUCCACACCGCGCUACAACAGCCGCAGCAUGGUUGACUUGUCUACACUGGAGAGAUCGAAGUGCAGCAGCGGCAGCGGCAGCUACAUGCAGUGCAGCCAGCCCACUUGGCCCACUGAAGACAUCUGCACUUAUUGCGGCCGGGAGAUCCGCAACUGCCCUAAGAUAAAAAUUGAGAAAUUGAACAUUUGCUGCCAUGAAUUCUGCUUCCGGUGUGGGAUUUGCCACAAACCGAUGGGAGACCUGCUGGACAAAAUCUUUAUUCACCGUGACAUUGUCCACUGCGACAAGUGCUAUGAGAAGCUCUUCUAAGAUUUCCUGGUCAGAAGUGGCAGCCAGAAAGAAGACUGCCUGCAGCCCCACCGUGAGCCGGGAUAUUUCCAGUGCCUUAGCAGCAUUUGUUCGCAUUUAGGAUUUAUCUUUUUGCCACCUUUUCCCCUGGGAAAGUGAUUCACGUCCACUAGUUUACUGAAUAAGGGCAGAUCCUGACAGAAACAAACAAACACACACACAAAAGAGAGGCACUUGCCAAAGAAAUGGCUGAAAUUCUAAGGUACUGGGCAGACGAUUUGCCUUUAGGGCGAUUUGUGGUGCCCAGCCGUUCUCAGAAACCAGCACAGCAGAAUACCCCAGAGAGUGGCCCCCGAUUGUUUUUCAUUUUGCUUUAGCACUGCUGCGGUAGAACUCUGAAUUUGACAGGAGCAGUGGUGUGAGAGAUGCUUAGUGCUAUUCCCUUGGGCUGUUUUUCCUAUCCAAAUCACUCUCCUAAACUGCUUUUCUCCCUGCAGAAGAAGAAAAAAAGAUAUACAGUAUAUUUUUGCAGUAUAGGUAGUGUUUCAACUGGCAACUGCACUCUGUUUGGGUCUUUUCUCCUCAAUCUCUUUGACACGGCCUGGGCCUGCAAUAUCUGUUUUGUCCUGCAGCCCCUGAUAGGAAAAGGGAAGGAACAGCCGUGACUUACCGCGGCUGCCAUUACUGAUGGGGAAGGGACAGCCUCCGUGGUGCUGCCCCCUCCCCCUUGCCUUGCGAGCUCCGCUAUGCUUGCGAGGCUUUGGCUUGGGAGGUGGGGCCGGGCGGCCUAUUUAAACCUGUGCCCGGCCUCCCCACCUCUCCAUUUCCUGAACCGUGCGUGUUUAUGGCCAAGUCGAUCAGACAAUUCAGAAGAUCAGCUGGCCAGUCUCACAGUUAAGCUCAGAGAAGGCUGCUAAUCUCCAAGUGGGAUACCACUGAGAAAUUUUCUGCAUUGCUGAGCAUCAGUAAGACUAGUUGCUGUGCAGGUUCAUCACAUGAUGAUUCAAGCCCCACAAGGUGAUUGGCAUGCAGUGCUCCAGCGUCCUUUUUCUGGGCCUAGUACCAAUUUGUGUCACCACCAUCGCUGCCUCCAUGCAUGCACACUCAAAAAUCAUGCAGGAGGAAAAACCCUUCAUUUUUGCAUUGAUAUAAGCAUAGCCAUAUUAGUCUAUUGCAGCAAAAUAAAACAGGAACCCAGUGGCACUUGAGAGACUAACGGUAUUUAUUCUAGCUGUGACUCUGGAAAGCUCACGCUGGAAUAAAUGUUCUUGUCUCCUGGAGACAAGGAGCCAAGAUCGCGACGAACAGAAAAACGCGGCUUGCCGACUGCUCUGAUUUGUAACUUUUAUGUAACCAAAGGUGUUUUGCCUGGAUAUCCUUGGUAAUUGGACUUGACAUCAGACAGGAUUUCUUUCGGCAUCUUUCUGUCCUCAUUAAUUGACUGCUGGAGUACACAAAAGUGGACACUACACCAAAGGGAGCUGGUGUGAUUUGGCUGCUUGGAGUAGUUUCCUAAUUAGGAGGGACUUCAGAGAAAAUGGGGAGGAAAAGGAGACCCAGGCGUCCAGAAGGCAGCUCAACUGUACUUUGUUAUCUUUUAUGAUGCUGCUAGACUCCUGUAUUUAUAAGUAGACCCAACAAUAGUAAUGUGCGUGCAGUUUCCGGGGGAAGGUUAACAUUUAUGUUUCCAGGGGAAGGGCAACGUUUAUCAGAAUUAUGAUUACUGAGAAACUGUAGCUUAGCAAUUUCAGGUCUCACUAAAGUAGACCCAUUUAUCUCCCUCCCCUGGCCCCCGCAUGGGUCUCAGCUGACAUCGUUUGAAACACAGUGGCUUUAACCGAGUUGAGUUAGGCAUCUAGCUGCAAGCCAAGGAGUGUGCCGGAAACAAAGGUCAUCAAGCAUUGGACAUAUAUUUGUAAACUAGCUCUGCUUAACUCUGAUUCUCUUCCUUCAAGGAGGCUCAUCAUAAAACAGGCAUACAAAUGUCCAAACUCCAGUAGAGUCCUUGGUAAAGGAGAAAUGAUAUAUUGACAGAAAUAACCGCCAUACUUUGAUGGUUGUUUUCAAGACAAAACUUUGAUCUCCUUUCAUUUGGUCUUCAGAUCUUUCCAAGGUAUCUCCAGAACAUCCAAAAUCACCAGACCUUGGAGAUAAAAAGCUCAGUAACUGUGCAUCUUGUUUGCAUCUUUGGUCAAUAUUUACCAUUUUGGCAGACUUCCUUUCUGCAGGCCUCCCUCUCCUUUAAAAUCUGAUUUUGUGUUUUUUCCCAGCAAUAGGUAAAUUUUAGAAGCUGACUAAUGGAUUGCUUAAUUCCCUCAAUAAACUGCUUUGGGAAGGGACUGUCUGGGGGGGAGGGCGUUGUAGAUUUUAGCUUCAUUGUCUUGGUUUGCCAGUCUGUUUUCUUUGAAAUAAAUUCUUAACCACAUACUGUUCUAAUAAACAUUAAAGUGUUAUGCACAA